UUUAUGUAUUUUAUUAACAUGUUUACAUAUUUUAAAUUACUCAAACUAUCCGUUUGAUCUUCACCACAUUUUGAUUAUUAUUUAUUUCAAUAAGUCAAAUAUAAAUUAUGUUGACAUUAUAUUUAUUUAUAAGUAGAUAAUUAAUCAAUUAAUUAAUAUAUUUAUUAAAAUGUUUAAAAUGUGGAUUUUAUUAUUUAUGACUUUUGUAUCAAAAUCAAUUAGUUUAGAUACGGUAAUUAUAGUGCGUGAUGCAGACUGUAAUGAUCCUUGUUUUCGAAGAUCGGUCUCGGGUAAACGGAUUAUCAAUUCAUACAUACGAAGAUCAAUGGAUUGUAAUAGAUUGGAAGAUUGUUAUCGGAUGUGUGAGUACGAGAGAUCUUUUACAUGUGAAGGUUUUAAUUACAGAGCUCAAACAACCGGUAAAAGUAUUUGCGAGUUAACAUCUACGCCAAUAAAUCGGGUUAAUGUACAUAGAGAUUUUACUCAAGAUAGUCGUUGUGACUUUUACGAAAGAGACUGGACGCAUCACUGUUUCCAUGGGCAUGAUAAAAAUAGACCAUCGUCACAAAAUUGGUGGUCUAAUUCUAAACCGUGGAACCCAGAUGGACAGAAAGAGUAUCCAUUUAUUCCAAAAGACUUUUGGCCUUGGAAUACUGAUGAACAAAGAGGGUAUCCAUUAAUUCCAAAAGAUCCACGACUGAGAUUACCUCCAACUCGCAACCCUCUCGUCACGCAACCGGCUCCUUAUGGAGGAUCGUUUAAUGAAAAUACUCAGCUGACUAUCGACUUAUCGAGACCAAUUGAUCAAGGAAGACGUCCAGAAUCAGGUCAAAGACAUGAUGAUUCGUGGUUUCGACCUGGAUCAAAUGGAGAUAGGCCCCUUCCUGUAAGACCUAUUGAAGAUUAUUAUCCUGUUUAUGAUAAUCAUAGACCUGAAAGGCCUGAACGACCAACAGAAAGUGACUUUUAUAACUAUGAUAAUAGAAAUCGGGCCCCCGAAAGACCUUAUUUACCCGCAAGGCCGGGAGAUUUUAAUGGAAAAAAUGGAAAUCGAUAUUCAUAUGGUCAUCCUGUGUCAGACAGGUGGCAAGGAAAUUAUUUUUCAAAAUAUCCUCAAAGAAAAUUCGGAUAUGGUUCUGAUCCAGAAACAAAUGAAAUAGCUCCAUAUAAUCCAGAACGUAGAAAACCACUGAAACCAGGACAUUGGGACUCAUAUGGCCCAUCAUACGCUGAUGGUUAUCAUACUCAUUAUAUUGGAGACUAUAAACCAACUCAAUUUCCUAUAGCUCGAGAACCGCUUUCACUCCCACCCUCACCUCUGCCACUUCACCCACCGCCAGUAUCUAAUGAUCAUGAUUACCCUCCUGGACCAUAUUAUAAUUAUGGAGGAGCUUAUGGUUACUCAAAUACUCCAGCUUUGCCGCCUAAAAAUUUACCUCAUCCGUCACGACUGUGCUCUGUUAGAUCUGCUGGUGGGUUCAGACUUGCACGAGGUAUUAUACGAAAGAGUUAUCUCACUCCGAAUUUAGAACAGUGUCAAAAUUUGUGUGAUGAACAAAAAGAAUUCUCUUGUCUUACAUUCGCUUAUAGAUAUAAUUUAGCUGCAACAUCACCCUCAGACAAUUGUCUUCUCAGUGAUAUAGUCUUUGAAAAUCUUGUAUUUUAUACAGACCUUGAGCCUGACCGUGAUUAUGACAUUUAUGCAAUGACGAAAAAUUCAAAAUGGUGUCAAGUUAGAACAAAACCGUCAAAUCCUAGACGUCCACAUCCACCGGAUGAAUGUUUUUGGCGUGUUAGGAGUGGUUUCAGUAUGCCACCGUCAAUGAUAAAAAAACCAAUACGCGUUGACGGUAUGGGUGAAUGUCAAGUUAAUUGCGUUGGUUCAAGAGAUUUUACCUGCCGAAGUUUUGUCUUCAGAUAUGAAAGAUAUUCUGGAAAUGGACAAGCGAAUUGUUUACUAAGCGACUGGCCAGCAGUAGAAAUAAAACCAGAGGCCAUGCAAGAUAUGGACGGUGCCGAAUUAUAUGAAAGAGGCAGUUUUGGACGUGGUUGUGAGCCUCAUCAUCCAGUAGCACAUCCUGAUCCUGGUGCACAUCGUCCAGUUGAUCGUAGACCUUUUCGACCGGACGAUGCUUCCUGUUAUACUGGGUUCGACAGGCCGUGCAAAUUAACCCCGUAUGCAAUAAUAUUUACGUUAAAAGUUGGCUCUGAAGCUGAAUGUCGUCGAAAAUGUUCAAAUAUGAGACAUCGAGAUUCACCUCCAUGCAUGUCUUAUAAUUACAAAAUUAGUAGCGAUCCUCAGGGUGACAAUUGUUAUCUCAGUGACGUUUCUUCACGAGAUUUACGACUUGGCUUAGACUAUACUCAUGAUAAUGAUUACAUACUUUACGUUUGGAAGGAAUUAGAAUCAAGAUGUUCACCAGACGAUAGUUAUGAUGAUAAACAACCAAGUUAUUAUCCACUUCCUCAUUCAUCUGGGCACAAUAUUCAUCGACCAAUAGCAGAUAAACCAUAUGCAAAACCAAAUGAUCCUUAUUAUUACGAUAUAGGAGUUCCAGAUCCAAUAAUACCAACAAAACCAACAAUUACUGUAUUAGGUCCAGCUUAUGAUAUCGGUGGAUAUUCAGGAGGAAAUGAAAACAAUGGGUAUCAUGAAAAAUUCUUUUUUUCAACACGACCCGAUGAGUCAUCAGUGUUCCGUCAUUUUACCGUAAAUGGAAAUCCUUGCAAACGAGGAACAAAAUGUGAAAGAAAUAGAUUAGCUGGAUUUUGGACUUGUCAACCAGAAGGUUCGGAGCCCGAUAGUUGGGAAUAUUGUUGUGACCCUGGUCAUCAGUGUGGAUUUUCACAUGGUUAUAAUUAUCCUUGGUGUUAUGUAGGCCCUUCUGUAGAUCAAUGGAGACCUUGUAGUGAAAAAUAUCAUCCUUAUCAAUUGAAUCCUCGGCCAUUAAGACCACCAAUAAUAAAUCGUCCAUUACGGCCUAGAAUUGAUAAUUGUGAGUAUCAAUGCAGACAUUGGCCUAUUACUUAUCUACAUGGUGAACCUCCACCUAAUGGUACUAAUUCUGUUGCACUACCCAAUUAUGCUACAGACUGUAGUUCAAGUGAAUCUGAUAAUAAAUAUAAAAAAAUUUUAGGCGAAUCAAAAAAUUCAAGUCGAUAUAGAAAUCAUACUAAAAGACGUGAAAUAGAACCAUCAUUUUCAUCUUCAACUAUAUUUUUAUCAACCUCAACUUUUUCAAUACCAUUAUCAUCAUCAUUAUCAUCAUCUUCUUCUUUCCCCUCAACAACACCAUCAACAACUUCUACUUCAACUUCUUUAACUACUCUAUCAAAUAAACGUAAAAGAAAUAAAAUAAAUUUAGUACCAAUAAGAAUAAUUAGAAAUAAGUCAAAUAGUACACAUGGAAAAUAUGUUAUAAGAAGAUUAAAGCCGCGUUUAAAAGGAUCAAAUCUUGUUAAUGGAUCAUUUAAUUACUCACAAAGAUUUUCACGGGAUGAAAACACUGGACAGUAUUAUAUAACUAAAAAAUUAUCAACAUUGUCUAAUAAUACUAAACGAGCACAACCUACAGGUAAAGUUGAAAGAGUUAUAAUACGGGAUAAUUUUAUUGAUGAUAAUGAUAAUGAUAACAAUAAAACAAUAGAGUCUCAGCUUGUAAGGAUGUUGUCAUCUGAAUGGCCGAACAAUACUCACCUUGUAACUAUUCCGACCGUGACAGUGAAUGUGAUAAAUGAGACUAUUAAUUUAAAUGAUACUAAACAGUGGGAAAAAGUGACAACUAUUGAUAGCCCAGAUAAUUGAAAAAUUAAAAUUGUCAGAUGAAAAUAUACUAUAGACGAUUUUUUUAAUGUGU